CACGUUGCGUGAAGAUAGUCUCGAGAUAGUCACCACUCGUGAUGGGAUACUUUCUUAGUGCGGAUCUGCUCGUGGAUGGCCUGCAGGUAUGCGUAGCCGUGGUUGGGUGGCUGCGGCGCGCCUGCGUUUGGGCAGCUGGAGGGGCUUCGCUGGAAAGUCGAGCCUUCGCUGUCCGAGUAGUCGGAGAUGACUGUGUCUUCAUGGCCCGUUUUUGUGAUGUCUGUGGCAGUUCUUCUCUCGCCUUUCUCCAAACGCUAUCACAGAGUCAGCACCUCAAGCAUACCAGCUCAUGACACAGACAGCACAAGGGGAUCACAAAGGUAUCUUUCCGCGCCUGUCCUGCAAGUGAGAGCCGGGUGCACAGAGACUGGCACAACGGAGCACCGAUCUCCAUCGGCUGCGUUCAUUAUGCAUUCUCAUAAGGCUCACUAUGCGAGCUGAAGUAUCGAUGGCAGUGGUUGUUAGUUACCCGAAGGUCGAGCCACGCUAGUAUAGAUAAUUGGCUGCUUCGACGUAAGUAGCCAUAGGAUCCCGCGCAGAGCUACC